AUGUCAUACACGUCAAGCUCUUCGAUAGAUUCCGAUGGAGCAACAUCUUCGGUAUUAGAGACGAUAGUUGGGUAUGUUGCUUUGUUGUUUUCCGUUCUUUUAUUUGGCAGUUUUUUGGUUCCUGUGAAGAAAUUUGAAGCCGGAGAUGGACUUUACUAUCAAUUUGUCGUGUGCUCUGGGAUUUUCAUAUCGGGAGUCUUUGUGAUGCUGUUUAAUGGUGUUUUAAACCCUGGUCCAAUCUAUUUUGAGCCAUAUGCGAUGGUUGGCGGACUUAUCUUUGUUAUUGGCAAUUUGUUUAGUGUGCCUAUUAUACAGUGUAUUGGUAUAUCACUGGGGCCGUGUAUAUGGGGAGCUUUUAAUUUAGUCACCGGUUGGGUUACUGGGACAUUUGGACUCUUUGGGUUAAACGCGGACAAGAACGACAUUCAAAUCUUUUGGUUGAACUGUAUUGGUGCUCUGUUAUCUGUGUGUUCCGUUCCCUUAUAUGCUUUAAUUAAAGUCAGAGACAAGUCUGAAGUUGUCGCAUCAGAGAAAUACACGAAAGUUCCUGAUGAAGAGAGUGAUAAAGCCAUUGAAUUAUACGACGAAGGGAUUCCACAAGUGACAGAAAAUGUUGAUGAUAAAGUUCAUGAAGACACCGAGAAGAGCGGGAAGAGUGAUAUUAGUGUAGUUCUCAAUGAAGAUGUGAACAGUCAAAUUGAUUUGAAUGAGAAAGUUGGUACUGAAAGUGCUAUAAAAAGUACUCCAACAACACCUCCACAAAUUCCGUCGCAACAAGAUGUGAAGUCUCCCAUCUUUUUAUUGAUAGACAAAAUGCCCAAAACAACAAAGAAAAUAGUUGGAGUCAUAUUAUCAGUGAUCUCUGGGAUGAUGUAUGGGUCAAAUUUAGACACUCCAAAUUACUUGAAAAACAGUGGGAAAGGCUCCCCUAAUGGUAUUGAUUAUGUCUUUUCCCAAUACUGUGGCAUUAUGUUCUCUUCAACAUUCUUCUUGUUAGCUUAUUGUAUUGUCUUUAGAAAUAAGCCGAUUGUUUACAGCUCAACUACAAUGCCCGCUUUAAUCGCUGGUGUCAUGUGGGGGUUGGCACAAGCACUUUUGUUCUAUGCAAACACGUCACUGCCUUACAUAAUAGUGUACCCAAUUGUAUGUACACUCCCGUCUUUAAUUUCUUCACUGUGGGGAAUCGUCGUCUUCAAGGAAAUUUUCGGGUGGAGGAACUUCAUGUUUUUUGCGGCUGGAACUUUAGUGUUGUUCGUCGGUAUUAUUUGCAUCGUCAUCUCGAGAUAA